GGACGCAAGCGGCGAUCUCCGCGAACCCCCCCAUCUCAGAUCGCGGGGAGGAGGCAUGUCCAGCGCCUCCAGGCGGGCUCUCGGCUGCUCCCUGCGAUGCUGCUGCUGUGCGUGUCUGUGGUCGCGGCCUCCGCGCUGGCAGCGCCAGCUCCCGGCACUAGUGGGAAGAGGCCCGGAGCAGCUCAGAUGCCUAACGUGGUGCUGGUUGCGAGCGACUCCUUUGAUGGAAGGCUAACAUUUUAUCCAGGAAAUCAGGUAGUGAAACUUCCUUUUAUCAACUUCAUGAAAGCUCAUGGCACUUCCUUUCUGAAUGCCUACACAAACUCUCCAAUCUGUUGCCCAUCACGUGCAGCAAUGUGGAGUGGCCUCUUCACUCACUUAACAGAAUCUUGGAAUAACUUUAAGGGCCUAGAUCCAAGUUACACAACAUGGAUGGAUAUCAUGGAGAAGCACGGGUACCUAACACAAAAAUUUGGAAAAUUGGACUAUACUUCAGGACAUCAUUCCAUUAGCAAUCGUGUGGAAGCAUGGACAAGAGAUGUUGCGUUUUUACUCAGACAAGAAGGCAGACCUAUGGUUCAUCUUAUCCCUGACAAGACUAAAGUAAGAGUCAUGGAAAAGGACUGGGAGAAUACAGACACAGCAGUAAACUGGUUGAGAAAAGAAGCAAUUAAUUACACUCAACCUUUUGUUCUGUAUUUGGGAUUAAAUUUACCCCACCCUUAUCCUUCACCAUCUUCAGGAGAAAAUUUUGGAUCUUCAACAUUUCAAACAUCUCCUUAUUGGCUUAAAAAAGUGUCUUAUGAUGCCAUCAGAAUCCCAAAGUGGUCGCCUCUAUCAGAAAUGCACCCUAUAGAUUAUUACUCUUCUUAUACAAAAAACUGCACUGGGAAAUUUACAGAAAAAGAAAUUAAGAAUAUUAGAGCAUUUUAUUAUGCUAUGUGUGCUGAGACGGAUGCCAUGCUUGGUGAAAUUAUUUUGGCUCUUCUCCAGUUAGAUCUUCUUGAGAAAACUAUUAUCAUAUACACUUCAGACCAUGGAGAGCUGGCCAUGGAACAUCGUCAGUUUUAUAAAAUGAGUAUGUAUGAAGCUAGUGCCCAUGUUCCACUCUUGAUAAUGGGACCGGGAAUUAAGGCCAACCUACAAGUAUCAAACGUGGUUUCUCUUGUGGAUAUUUACCCUACUAUGCUUGAUAUUGCUGGAAUUCCUCUGCCUCAGAACCUGAGUGGAUACUCUUUGUUGCCAUUAUCAUCAGAAAUGUUCAAGAAUGAACAUAAAUUCAGAAACCUACAUCCACCCUGGAUUCUGAGUGAAUUCCACGGAUGCGAUGUGAAUGCUUCCACCUACAUGCUUCGAACUAACCAGUGGAAGUAUAUAGCCUACUCUGACGGUGCUUCAGUACCUCCUCAACUCUUUGAUAUUUCCUCAGAUCCAGAUGAACUAACAGAUAUUGCUGCAAAAUUUCCAGAAAUUACUUAUUCUUUGGAUCAGAAGCUUCGUUCCAUUAUAAACUACCCUAAAGUUUCUGCUUCUGUCCACCAAUACAAUAAAGAGCAGUUUAUCAAGUGGAAACAAAGCACAGGGCAAAACUAUUCAAACGUUAUAGCAAAUCUUAGGUGGCAUCAAGACUGGCUGAAAGAACCGAGGAGGUAUGAAAGUGCAAUUGAUCAAUGGCUUCAAACCCACACUAGUCCCCCCAAAAUCUGAACAAAAUAAGAAAAUAAUGUUCUGGAGCUAUGUAGAAAUAUGUUAAAAGAUCAUAAUUAAUUAAUUAUGUGUUUUAAAUGUUAGUUUUAAUAAUUACUGAUUUUU